UGAUGAGCAAGCAAUCGACGGGGAAGUAUCCUUCUAGGCAGUGCCCUGUGUGCGCUGUGCACAAGAAGCGAAGCAAGACUUCCUAUGUCUGCAAGUUCUGCAUCAUGCCUCUUCACAGAGGGGAAUGUUUCCAGAAAUAUCACACUCUGAAGCACUUCUAGGAGCUCUGGGGCAACCAUACCACAUGACAGCAAAGUAAAUAGCGGUCCCUUCGAAGUUGGAAGUGCAUGAGACACGAACUGCGUGAAGAAUGGAAAACUACGACGUUAUAGGUUUAGUUGGUGAAGGCUCUUUCGGGCGAGUAUAUAAAGCAAAAUGUCUCAGAACAGACGAAAUCAUAGCCAUCAAAAUCAUACGGAAGCGAGGACGUUCUGAAAAAGAAUUAAGGAGUUUAAGGCAGGAAUUUGAGAUUCAGCAACAUUUACACCAUCCAAACAUUAUACAGAUGCUAGAUUCAUUUGAAACAGAAAAUGAGAUUGUAGUGGUAACUGAAUAUGCUGAAAAAGAGCUAUAUGAAAUUUUAGGAAAAGAAGGUUAUUUGCCAGAAGAACGAGUACAUAGAAUUGUUUGUGAUUUAGUGUCUGCGCUUUAUUACUUGCAUUCUCACAGAGUUCUUCAUAGGGAUUUAAAACCUCAGAAUAUUUUAUUGGAAGCCAAUGGAGUAGCAAAGUUGUGUGAUUUUGGUUUUGCUCGUAGUAUGAGUGCAGGUACUUACGUCUUAACAUCCAUCAAGGGUACACCUCUCUAUAUGGCCCCAGAACUCAUAGAAGAGAAACCCUAUGAUCAGAAUGCUGACCUAUGGUCUCUGGGCUGCAUUAUUUAUGAACUGCUUGUGGGCUCUCCACCAUUCUGUACUUCAUCCAUUCUGCACUUGGUACGAUUGAUCCGUCAUGAAGCAGUUAAGUGGCCAGAUUUCAUUUCACCUACGUGUCAGAGUUUUAUUCAGGGUUUACUACAGAAGGACCCAAAGCAGCGAUUGACAUGGCCACAGUUGCUGGAUCAUCCAUUUGUGAAAAAUGGUGUCUUAAUUCUUAAAGAAGAAGGUGCACUGACUCCACUGACCAGCCCUCUGACUGCUUCUCAGGCUAUGGCAAAAGAAAUUCAAGAACAGGAUUUGGUUAAUCGGACAGCAAGUAAAUCCAAAAUUUUUAAUCAAGCAGUACAAAAAAUGGAGGAGCGUGAAAAAAAAUUGAAUCUGUUGCAACAAACGAAUAGAUGUGUUUCAAAUACUGGUGAAGUUAAGUAUAUUGAAGCAACAAAAGACUCCCUACUUUUGGGUGGAAAUAAAUUGUCUCCAUGCAAGACUUCGACAACAAGGAGUUGUAAUGUGAUUUAUUGUAAGUCCAGUACUGCCUGCAGUGGUGAAAAAAAUAAAUUGAAUAAAUCAAGCAUGGACUCCAAUCUUGUUGUAGCCAUGGAUAAUCAGAAAACCUUACAGAGUAUAUCAGAAGUGUGUCAUGCAAAUGUUUAUAGUAACAAGAAAUUGGAUUCUGCUGCUUCAGUGAUGGGGAGAAUUAAUUUGUCAUUGGGUGGCACACAGUGUGAAAGAAGUGUGUCACUAUCCAAUGGAGUUAGUUGUGCUGGUGUUUCAUUUGCAGGACAUGUUGAUGGAAUAGUUAAACAAUUUGAUGUGAUGGAUCUUGUUGUAAGUGGUGAGAAAAACGUGUGUCAUAAUGGAAUUUUAUCCAAGACCAUUUUAAACCAUGUAAAUUCAGAUUCAGAAAAGAAGAGAUGUGCUGGUUCGAGCCAGGAAUAUAACGUAGCUAAGCUCAAGUCAAGACACGUACUGAGCAAGCAGAAUUGUGCAGCUGGCCUGUGCAAGAGUCAUGGUAUAUUCACUCUCCACAGUUGGAACUCAACUGUAAGUAUACAUCCCAUUGAAAGUGAUGAGUGGCUGGCAUUCUUACAGCACACCAUGGAGGAAGUAAUGGAUGGGGAUGUUGAUGCACUACAGCAGUGUAAUUUUGUUGGUGUAGUAGUAUCACCACUCCGUAACCCUGGGGCCAGUUGUCGGGUUGUGGAAUAUGUGGCAUGUCUCCUUUCACUGCCAUUUGUUGUGAAUAGCAUCAUUGAAGAAGAUAUUUCUAAAAUCCAACAGGUAAUAGUAAUUUGCAUGAUGUUUUGGUCACAUAAUGAACUUCUUGAGUGAAUAUUACAUGUGACAGAAGACGAGACUAGUUAAGAUCUGCUUUCUUUUAAAUACUUUAUUCUGUAUAGUGAGACCAGUGAAAAUUAUGGACUAAUAAUUACAUAAUUAUGUUGCUGUCAUAAUACUGUUGGAUAAACCAAUAAAGCUUUUAUAAUUUAACUUCUCAUUUUGGUCCGUCACACUAUUAAUUGCAGAGUAGAUAAUGAAAAGU